AUGAGCACCUUCAUCCUAAAAAUCACAACAACUGGGACAUAUCUUAUCGUUAUGCUUAAAUUAGCACAUGGAGCUUUAGAGACAAUGAACAAGGCAUGGGCUACUACUUGGUCGAUCAGAAAUCUGGUAAUUGCUCCCAUCCCUUUCCCAUUGCACGCUCACACAACUGGGUCAUCUUCAGGUUUCCGAUUUGACACAGUAAGAUCAGUAUCAGGGGGAGGGGGAGAGAGAGAGAUGACGUCACUCUCUUGUGUGGCUGCUCUGUCCACUGUCCCAUCACAAAGCGGCAGAGUGUCGUUUUCUCCAUUUCGUGCUUCGAAUUUUCCUCAACUGUUUCACACUCGCUCGUGCAUGGCUGGUGUUAAAUGCAGUUAUGCAGAAGCUGGCAUAAAAAAGGAUGUCAAUGUUGGGACCAUUGAUGUGGUGGCUGAUGUUAAGACUGAGCGAAUUGUAGUAUUAGGAGGCAGCGGUUUUGUCGGUUCUGCAAUAUGCAAGGCUGCCGUAUCAAAGGGUAUUGAGGUCAUUAGUCUUAGCAGGUCAGGGCGUCCUUCAUACACAGGUUCAUGGGUAGAUCAGGUCAUUUGGGUGACAGGAGAUGUUUUCUAUGCAAACUGGGAGGAAGUGCUUAACGGGGCUACUGCAGUUGUUUCAACACUUGGAGGUUUUGGCAGUGAGGAACAGAUGCAAAGGAUUAAUGGCGAGGCUAAUGUUGUGGCAGUAAAUGCUGCUAAAGAAUUUGGCAUUCCAAAAUUUAUAUUGAUAUCAGUUCAUGAUUAUAACCUACCAUCUUUUCUACUUACAUCGGGUUACUUCACCGGAAAGAGGAAAGCGGAAUCUGAGGUUCUAUCCAAAUAUCCAAUGUCAGGUGUCGUUUUCAGACCAGGGUUUAUAUAUGGGAAGAGGAAAGUUGAUGGAUUUGAGAUCCCUCUGGAUUUGAUAGGGGAACCGCUUGAGAAGUUUCUGCUUGCUACAGAAAAUUUUACCAAACCUUUGAACUCUCUACCUGCCUCCGAUUUACUUUUAGCCCCACCAGUUAGUGUUGACGAUGUUGCCUUUGCUGUGAUAAAUGCUGUCAUAGACGAUGACUACUUUGGGAUUUUCACAAUUGAGCAAAUCAGGGAAGCGGCAGCACCACUUAAGGUGUGA